UUCAUGAUUUAAGGUUAGUGGAAAAAACGAGCAUUUGUUACACGCACGAUUAAAAAGAACACGUUUUUAUCGCAUACAAGUCAUAUAACUUUUAAUUCGUUAAAAAGCUUAUGGUUUGUGUCUCUUUGAGAAAUAUCGGGCAUAAUAUCAAGUAUCUUAUUAUUACAAUGUUGGGUUGUAAGAGUGGAUAUUCGUUUAAAUGCAUAAUAAAACCGCGCGGAGAAUUGAAAACCCAAAAAGAAUCGAUUAGUUUUUUUUCAUUUUCCAAAGAUCCUGCUCGUGUGUAUUACUACACUGUUCAAAAUAAGAAACGUAGUUGGUGGCCGAAAAUAUAAAGGCAUGGUUGCUAUACACGGUGUGCUUAUAAGAGGUUGACUCAGUGGGAAUAGACAAAUGGGUGUUCUUUGACUGCUGCUGACAAAAAAUGACUGAAAGGCUAAAACAAAAAGAACAAGAAAGAGCAUAUGAACCGCAUUUGUCAGAUUCCCGUUGUAUGAGGCCAUCACCACCACCUCAACCCCCACCAGCAUCAAGACUCAAAGACUACCGUGAACAUCAGAUAUGAUGAUGCUCCACCAGCAGCAGAUCAUCAUUACAGAAGCCGUGAUGAUCGGUUAGAUCGUAGAGAAGAAUCUCGUAAGAAAGAUUAAAGUAGUGGAGGUAGUAACAGACAUGCUCAUGCAUCAUGAUUCAAACAAAAGUUCCUAUAGAGUGUCCCUCAGCAGUGAAAGUAAUACUUGGUCAUCAGCUCCAGUAAAGAGUUCUUAUGGUACACUUAGCUCAAGCUCUGGGACUAAUAAUAUGGUAAUAAGCUCGAGACCAGAUCCUUGGUCAAAUAGUAAUAAUAGUCGAGAAAUUGAAACAACUGUAUGGCAACGUCCUCGUCAACCACCUCUGGAAAACAGAUGGAACAAUACUUCAAGUAAUCCUUCAUCUAUGUCAAUAAGUGGCCGUAGUUCAAGUAGUAACACCUUAUAUGGAAAUAACCAUCAAGUAAAACCAAACAUUGGAUUAAAUAUGUCAAUAAACUAUAGUGAUUGUAGAUUUAAUAGUUAUAAAAUGAGUGGCAUGUCACGAAAAUAUUAGGGAAAUUUGUUAGCGUUUAAUCAUAGCACAUUCCAUUGUCCUUGUGCUGUUUAUGCCAGUAUUCUAUGUAUUUUAAUUUUUAACAAUACAUUUUUUUCAUAAGA